AUGGACAAGGUGGAUGACCUGUCGGCCUUUGGUGAAGCUGCUCCUUACCUCAGGAAACGCCCAGAACAGCUGAAGGCAAUGCAGAAUGUUCCGUUUGACUGUAAAAAGAAAGUCUGGGUCCCUGACAAGAAGGAAGUUUAUAUUGAAGCGGAAAUUAAGGAACGGAAUAGUGGGAAAAUUGUUGUGGAAACAGUCGCUGGACAAAAAUUGACUCUGAAGGAAGGGGAUGCUCAGGAGAUGAACCCACCUAAAUUCAGACUGAUUGAAGAUAUGGCUAUGCUAACUCAUCUGAACGAGGCGUCUGUGCUGCACAACCUCAGGCAGAGAUAUGCAAACUGGCUAAUCUAUACUUACUCGGGGUUGUUCUGUGUCUCAGUGAACCCUUACAAAUGGCUGCCUGUGUACACACCAGCCGUGGUUAUAGCCUACAAACGGAAACGCAAAGGCGAUGCUCCCCCGCAUAUAUACUGCAUGGCAGACAAUGCCUACUUCGAUAUGUUGAGCAAUCGUGAGAACCAGUCCAUGCUGAUCACGGGUGAGUCUGGAGCUGGGAAAACAGUGAACACCAAGAAAGUGAUUCAAUACUUUGCGAUAAUUGCUGGUCAAGGAGAGCCUGCGAUGAAGAAGAUGGGCUCCCUUGAAGAUCAGAUCAUUGAGGCUAAUCCAGCCAUGGAAGCGUUUGGAAAUGCUAAGACUGUUCGGAAUGACAACUCUUCUAGAUUUCAUGUGGCCAAAUUGCAGACAUGGUUCCUCUGCUCUCCAGCUGAGUUUGAAACAGUCAUUCCAUACCCGCACCACCCUCUGCAGUGCUCUGGGCCCUGA